CAUGAUAAGUGGCUCAAGUUCGGUCUUGGGUUGCACACUGGCAUCGAGCCUUUCUCUGGUCGGAUCAUGUGGAUCUGGGUCUGGCACUCUAACCAAAAUCCCCAGCUUAUCCUGAGUUACUAUCUUAACACGCUUGAGGCACUGGCCGAUCAGAAAAUUACGGGAUGCAAAUGCUCAUACAAUGCUGCGACAGUGGCACAUCCAUCUUUGCAUGGCACCCUCCAGCAUCGCUGGAUGCAAAGCAAAAAGAAUGUCAUGCCAGAAAUUGCAUGGAUGGUCUUCCAUUGGAUUUUUAUACCAUGGCUUCAGCAGGAGCUGGAUGCAUAUCAGGAUUGUGUUCACAACACUGCAAAACAACAUGACUGCAACAAAAUUUCAAGAUCAAAAUUGAAUAUUCAGCUGCUGGAUGAUGAUGAAGAUGAUGAGAUUUUGUACCACUUUAAUGACUAUCAAGAUUUACCUUCUCACAAGGAGCCCAAUGGCACCUAUUACAUGGGUGGUGUGGGUGGAGGAUUAGGCCUUGAUACUGAACACCUUCAUCAGCUAGACAGUCUGACAGACAAUGACGAGCCCAACAUCACACUGGGAAUUGACGAAGACUUAGUGGGUCUUGAUCAUGCUGGUUUGGUGGUUUGGGAGUUCUCGGACUGUGAAAGUGAGGACGAAAUGGUGAAUGAGUGGUGA